CACACCAGGAAUAAAGGCUUGGUAAUGACCGACUACAAAGGAAGCUGAGUAAUUACGUCACAAAAGUGACUGAAUGGAAAGUCCUUAAAUACUGUUGCUGUGAUUGGGCUGAAGAUUGGAUGCAGGUGUAUGGGAUUAGAAUGAAGGCAAGAGUGUUCUGGGAAUUCAUGUCCAUGGCAGCCAUAUUUGUAGGACGCAGUGCAGGAUGGGAAAUGUACUCUCUAGUGCUCUUUUUUUCGGUAUUUCCCUGAAAAUGUAGUAGAAAAUGUUCAGAUUCGAUCACAUGAAUACUUUCCUCCACACAAUCUUGCUAAAAGCCACACAUUGGAUCAGAUUUAGGCACACAUACCAUACAUAGCAAUAUACAUUUUGUGCACGUGAGAAGUAAACUUGGAACUUGAACUAGCAACAUCCGGGUCUUUUCAGUAAAUAAGGUUACUGUACCUUUAAGAGUGCGCAAGUCAGAAAGGGAAGUGAAAACGAGUAACUUUUUCGUUUCCCCUUCACUGCUUUAAUACGGGUUUAAUGCUGCAGAUUUUUUUUUUUGUAAAGGGGAUGUAGGCUACUAUGACGAUUAGUUUGAUUUUGAAAAUAGAUCCGUUUAAUGCAUGAUCUCUUCCUUUGUCUGUUUGCUUAAACGCUCACAGGAGACACAGGACCGCAGUCUAAAUGGCAGCAGUGAUAGCAGAAGACAACGUGUACAGAGAGGCGGAGUUGCAGGAGGUGCCCCCUGCUGACCAUCAGAAUGAAGUACAGCUUCCAGGACCAGAGGGCAACAUCCAGGGCCAGGUAGAGGACUUUCUGGGACCCCAUCCAGAUUAUGAUGAGGAAGAGGAAGAAAGAAAGUACUACAGGAGGAAGAGGCUGGCUGUGGUGAAGAAUGUGCUGGGGGCCAGCUGUGGAGGCAUGAUCGUUUACAGCGUUUACUUGGGUCUGCUGCAGAUGCAAUUGAUUCUGCACUAUGAUGAAACCUACAGAGAGGUGAAAUAUGGCAGUCUGAGCCUGCAGGAUAUCGACAGCAGGGUGCUGAUGGGUAUCAAUGUCACUCCAGUCGUAGGCCUGCUCUACACACCUGUACUCAUCCGGUUUCUGGGCACCAAAUGGAUGAUGUUCCUUGCUUCAGGAAUCUAUGCACUGUUCGUCUCGACCAAUUACUGGGAGCGGUACUACACCCUGGUACCAUCAGCCGUUGCCAUCGGUGUUGCUAUAGUCCCACUCUGGGCCUCUUUGGGAAACUACAUCACAAGGAUGGCCCAGCAGUACUAUGAGUAUGUGAACUACAAGGAGGAACAUGUGCAGGAGCAGAAGCGAAUGCCAAAGGGAGCUUGCCAUCGUUAUGUCAUCAUCUUCCAGUCAAUCUUCUAUAUCUUCUUCCAUCUGAGUUUCAUCUUUGCAGAGUUCCCCAUGGUCUUCUUCCUCAAUUAUCACAUUAGUGACUACAAGCACACUCUCUUCAGUGUCAAGCACUGUGGAGCUGAGAGCAGCGGGGUGAUCGAUGGUUUUAAUAAGACUGUGCUGCAACAUUUACCUCGUUCCACAGACCUCAUUAUAGCAGAGAGUGUUCUAAUGGGAGCUGCCUUCAUUGCCAUGAUCAUGUUCCUGGCUGUGUGUGGCGCUGCGUAUCGACCCACAGAGGAGAUUGACCUGCGCAGCAUUGGCUGGGGCAACAUCUUCCAGCUGCCCUUCAAACACCUGCGUGACUACCGCCUGCGCCUGCUCUGUCCUUUCUUCGUGUACUCCGGCUUUGAGGUGCUCUUCGCCAUCAAAGGACUCAUACUGUCAUAUGGUGUGUGUGCAGUGGGGAUUGAGAAGCUGUGGCUGCUGGUGAUGGUCUAUGGCCUGUCGUCCUCCGUGUGUUCUUCUUUGUCAUUACUGCUCCUCCAGCCACGUUUUCCUCGACCCGUCAUGCUGCUGGGGGGAGCAGCAGUUCACCUGAUCCUGCUUGUGGCUCUCAUGUGCUGGUCCUCUUCACCGAAAUCUCCUCAACAGCUGCCCCAGCUCCUAGUGCUGGCUGCUCUCUGGGGCCUGGGCACUGCUCUCAACAAGACCGGGUUGAGCACUCUACUUGGUAUGCUGUAUGAGGAUAAGGAGCGUUUAGACUUUGUCUACACCAUUUAUCACUGGUGGCAGGCCAUCGCCAUCUUCAUUGUGUACCUCUGGUCUGCCCUGCCUAUGAGGGCCAAACUUGCCAUCCUAUUGGUUACUCUGCUGGUUGCAAGCUUCUGUUAUGUACAGAUGGAGCGUCGCCUAGAAAAGAAAAUUCCCUUCAGGUUGCCACGGAUUCCCCGUCCACGGCACAAGGUCAAAGGUUAUCGUUACCUUGAGGAGGAAAACUCUGACGAGUCUGAUUCUGAAAAGAGCGAUGUGGAGGAGGAGAUAGAAGAGGACCGGCAGAGUGAAGGAGAAAAUGAUGGGGAUGUCGGAUCGCAUGGCUCUCAUUCGCCAGGCCCUGAGAGGAACAGGAUCCACGGUCGCCAACGGAAACGUUAUGAUGCUGCCUAUGAGCAGGCAGGGGAGAGGGACGAGUAUGCCCAAGCCAUGUGAUAUGCUGUGCUCUGACUCAACAUGAGUCACUUCCCCACAGUUCACAUAUGAAUGAAUGAAUGGAUGGAUGGAUGGAUGGAUGGAUGGAUGGAUGAUCGAACAAAGGAAUGAAGCUCAAAGACUGUUCAGUUGCAGGUGAUGAAUGUAGUUUUGAUGAGAGACCAUGAAACUUGCUUUGUGAGGUACUUUUACAAAGGAAAAUGAAAAGUUCUCAAGUAAUUCUGCAAAACGCGAAGUGAAAUAAGGAAAUAGCCACAAACCAGUAAGGCCAGGUGGUCUUUCACUAACAGUCAAUGUCAUAUGCUGGAGAUUUUUGCCUCUUGCUUUUCACUCAGUUCCUUUUUUCACUGAAUGCCUUUUCAGCUUUUGCUUUCGUACUGCUUCUUUUCAAGCAGGUCUGUAAUUACUUCAUUUUACAUAGACCUUGUGAUUCCCCCCCUUGAUCUGAAAUCUUGCUCACUGGGUUUUUGAUGGAUUUUUUUACACAACCAGUGAAAAGUUUGCACUAGAUUGAAUACACUUUUAACAUGGUGUUAAAGACAUUUUGCCAAAUGUGUAUGGUUUGUCUUUUCUUCUAAGCAAGUAAAUAGUGAAAAGUGAAGUCUCAUGUACAAAUGUAAUUGUAUUAUGAUUACUUAAAGUGCACCUAUUAUGUUUUUCAGAUAUUACCUUUCAUGUAGUGUGUUAUAGAGCUGUUUGUGAAUGUAAAAAGUCUGCAAAGUUUAAAAAAAUCAAAGCGAACGACAAACAGAGUUAUUGACUCCCAAAAGAAGGAACUGAUUCCGAACAGCUGAAAUGAGUCGUUAGUAAUUCCAGACUUGCUUCCUGUACAAACCUACGUAGGUUAGUAACAAAAAGCCCCGCCUCUGGUCUUUAUCAGCUGCUCGUGAACAGACGGAGCUGAAAGUCAUUAUGGUAGUGGGCGUUUCCUUUUCAAAACAUGCUGACAGCGGUAGACCAGUCACAAAAGACUGGGACAUCUGACCAAUCAGAGUAGAGUAUACUCUUUGAAAGGAGGAGUUUAGAUUGAAUCCUUUAGAAUGGAUCAUUGAACGAGUCGAUUGUGACACGGGGGGGUAAUAAUCCUGCAGUUUAAAUUAUGAGCACAUUAAAGUGCUUAUUGACCUCGGAGGCAUGUAAAUCUACUGUAUGAGACCGUUAAAACACAGACACGUUUCAAAACUAUAAUAAGCUCCUUCAUGAAGCUGUGGAGAAGCUCCUGAGAGUGCGUAAAGCUUCAUCUGGAAUACGAUUAAGAAUUUAAAAUAUGAAACAGUUUAAGAUAAAAUGGUCAGAAUAGUUGAUUUGUUUAAGAAUUUUAUUGUUCACUGAAUAAUUGAAAUUUGUAUAAAUAAUUGAAAAUUGUACAAAAUAAAGAAAAUCUUUCUAUGAGCACUUGUGUCCAAACUUUUGACUGGUAGUGUACUGUGUAUAUAUACAAUAUAUAUUUAAAUAAACAUCGAUAUUUCUUCA